GCAAUCGAGGUCCUUCGAGAGGAGGGCAUGGGAGCUCGAGGAUGGUCGUCGCGACGUCCUCCGUCGUGGCCGUAGUCGAGGACUACACCAAGGACACUCUAGCGAGGUUGCGUAUUCGGUACGUGAUGCCGGCGGCGCACCUGACGUUGCGGGAGGAGGACGUGGUGCGUCUGACCCUGGAGUUCCUGCACGGCCGGGACCUGCACAUCUCGCAGCUCUCGCUAGAACGGGAAACCGGGGUAAUAAAUGGGCAGUACAGCGACGACGUCCUGUUCCUACGCCAGCUGAUCCUGGACGGUCAGUGGGACGACGUCCUGGAGUUCAUCCAGCCGCUGGAGGCGCUGCCGGACUUCGACAUGAGGCGGUUCGCCUACUCGAUUUUGCGGCAUAAAUACGUAGAAUUGCUGUGCAUCAAGUCGGAGGCGAACGUGAUGAUGGGUACCAACGGGAACAACGUGGACAACGCGGUGGAGGAGGUGGUGAAGGUGCUGGGCGAGCUGGAGAAGGUGGCGCCCUCGAAGGAGGAGUACAGUGGCCUCUGCCUGCUGCUCACCUUGCCGAGGUUGACGGACCACCUGCAGUACAAGGACUGGAACCCCAGCAACGCCAGGGUGCAGUGCUUCCGAGAGGUCCAUCCUCUGGUGGAGAGAUUCCUCCCGGGGGACCGGAAGUCCACCGACCCGGCUCACCCCAUCUCCUGCGCGAAGAACGACCGACUGGUCCAGCUCAUCAUCAAGGGCAUCCUCUACGAGUCCUGCGUCAACUAUUGCCAGGCCAAGGCCACCGGCUCGAAGGAGAGCGAGCAGGUGGAGAUGAGCUUCUCCAGGCUCCUGGACGGAUCCGUGGGGUUCAGCGAUUCGGACCUGAGUCUCCUAUCCUGGCUGCAGAGCAUCCCUCCGGAGACCUUCGCCGUUCCCUUUGCACAGAGGACGCUCAACGUCGACAUGGAGAGGCUGGAGAGGCCCUCGCUCGAGACCUCCUGGACGGAGCACAUGCUGAUCACCCCGAUCAAGCCCAAGACCUUCCCACACAGCGCCAUGCCCUUCACCAGGCCCAGGUCGGCUGCCGACAUGAUGUCCAGGAGUCUGGUCCCUGCUCUGGAAGCUGGACUCGGCCCCAGGAGCCCUGGACCGAAAAACAUCCCCAUGCCAUCCGCUGCUCUCAUGGCUCUCUCCACUGGAGACAUCAACCCCAUGUCCAGGUCCUCUUUUGCUAGUUUCCAUCUGACCGGGUUCAAGAACAACAAACUGAUGAACACCAGCGUCGACCGCCUCUUCGAGAACGAGGGCGACGUCUUCCUCAGCUCCAGCUAUGCCGAGUUCCAGCAGCUCCCGAGUAUCCAGGAGACUACUGCCGCGCAGCCGAAGAUUCCCCCCAGGGCUAGGGGACAGUCGAGGAGUCCUGAAGCCGUCAAGGCCGACCCCUCGACAGCGUCGACCCCGGAGCGCAGGGUGGGUGGAAGGGAAUCCCCAGCUCCCUCUACGGCAAGGAGUUCCAGAAGAGAUUCCCUAGCUGACAAACCCACGGGGGUGGCCGCCAAGAUCACCGAACCUGCACCCUUGACGAGACCCGCCACCGCAGCCGGGGAACCCCGACUCGAGCAUAGCUACAACGGCGACCUCUUCAAGGAGUACCAGAAGCAAAAGCAGAGGCUGCAGGAGACGAUCCAGCAGAAGGAGAGAGAAAGGGACGAGCUGGUUAGACAGCUGGCCGCCCCGCCUGCAGGCCAGGGCGCGGACAACAGACUUCAGGGUGACGGGAUGAAGCAGCCCCUGGGAAGUAAAGGACCCUCCCCCGUGCACUCGAGCACCCCGGUGAGGUCAGGGAUCCAGUCACCAAAACCCGCAGUCAACGGGUCCGAUCCCCUCAUGCGGCAGAACUCCAUGCCCUCGAGCGUUUACGACCAGCGUCACCUGGAGGGCCACUACGACGUCGUUAAGCCUGUCAAGCAAGAGCCCAGGCCGGAUUUGGACGUCAGCAACGGAAGCGGCAAUGGCGGUCGGCCCAGGUUCGUCCCCGUCACGGCCCUCGAAGACGUCCAGGCGGUCCGCUGUGCGGAAUUUCAUCCGCACGGUAAGCUCUAUGCGGUCGGCUCGAAUUCGAAGACCCUGCGAAUAUGCGCCUACCCGAAACUCAACGACGUACGUGAGGAUCAUCAAACGUACCAGCCUACGGUCCUCUUCAAGAGGACGAAGCAUCAUAAAGGCUCCAUUUAUUGCCUCGCAUGGACCCCCGAUGGCCAACUCAUGGCGACCGGAAGUAACGACAAGACGGUGAAGUUGAUGAGAUUCAACGCUGACACUUCCAACUUGGAAGGGCAAGAGGUAGAGCUGACGAUGCACGACGGGACGGUGCGCGACCUGUGCUUCCUGGAGGACACGUCGAACAAAUCUAGCUUGCUCAUCAGCGGUGGAGCAGGAGACUGCAAGAUCUAUGUUACCGACUGCGCAACCGGAACUCCUUUCCAAGCCCUUAGUGGACACAGCGGGCCCGUGUUGACCCUCUACAACUGGGGAGGCGCCAUGUUCGUGAGCGGCUCCCAAGACAAGACCGUGAGGUUCUGGGACCUGAGGACGAGAGGAUGCGUCAACAUGGUCACCCCCGCGACGGUCCCCGGGAGCAGGCAUUUGAUCCCGUUGCAGGUCGGCAGCCCUGUGGCAGCUCUUUGUGUGGAUCCUUCGGGGAGACUGCUGGUUUCUGGCCACGAAGACAGUAGCUGCGUCCUCUUCGACAUCAGGGGAGGCAGGACCGUGCAGUGCUUUAAACCCCAUGCUGCGGAUAUAAGGAGCAUCAGGUUCUCCCCUUCGGCUUAUUAUCUCCUCACCGGGGGAUAUGAUAACAAACUCGUGCUCACCGACCUGCAGGGUGACUUGACGAUGCCAUUGCCCAGCGUCGUCGUAGCCCAGCACCAAGACAAAGUAAUUUCCGGGCGCUGGCACCCGACGGAGUUCUCCUUCCUCAGCACCUCUGCCGAUAAGACGGCGACUCUCUGGGCCCUACCUCCGGUCUAGGACUCGACUCCGAAGAAUGCCUCGAAGAGCGCUCGUUAUUUAUUUCCUCACGACCCGGUCGUCUUCCGUUCGAGAUGGCCGAUUAUCUGAGAUGAGCGUAGCAAGUCGGUAGGGUAGAUCCCCGGGAAGAAGUCGACCGACGACGAGGAGCGCCGCGACGACGGGGGUCCUCGAAAGACCCUCGUCCUGUCGACGACUUCGCCCUUGAACGGGCUCGCUUCCUUAAGCGACUUUAACCAUGACCAAUUAAAAUCCAUUAACACCCUGCGCUCGUCUCGAACACCGCGAACAGCUGAUCGCGGUCGCAAGUCAAGACAGAAAUCAGCGAGAACUUGAAAAAGAGGCAGGAUUAAUAGCGCUUAAGGCGAUGUGAAAGUGGCGUCAAAGAGGUCUCGUUGAUGAAACUUUUCUCCUAACUGAAUGUACCAAGUCGUUUCAAACCUGACAAUGUAAAUAUGGAAGCUGUAAGAAAGGUCCUGACGCCCACAAAAUUUCA